AUACACAGGGCGAUAAGGGUGCAACCGAAGAUACUCAGAGCGAUAAGGGUGCAACGCAAGAUACACAGGGCGAUAAGGGUGCAACCGAAGAUACACAGGGCGAUAAGGGUGCAACCGAAGAUACACAGGGCGAUAAGGGUGCAACCGAAGAUACUCAGAGCGAUAAGGGUGCAACCGAAGAUACUCAGAGCGAUAAGGGUGCAACCGAAGAUACCCAAGGUGAUAAGGGUGCAACCGAAGAUACUCAGAGCGAUUAG